UGGCGCUUUCCUGGACGCGGUGACGUCACCCGCUGCUGCGCGUCCAGGGGACCGCACAGCAGCUCAGAAGCUGGUUGGAGCUGUAACUCCGAUCUGCUCGGUCCUCGUCCGGAUCACGGAGCAGCAACACGGCCGCCACACGGACAGAGCGAUGAGGGCAAUGCAACGUCUGCUGCUCCUGGCAGAGUUUGUGCUCCUUGCAAGAUGUCAAAAGCUACAAGUUGAUAUCUCACCUCAACUAGAGAAGAUCUUUUUGGGGGACUUAAUUCGUUUGAGAUGUGACAGCUCCAAUGGCAGUGAAGUGAAAUGGUACAUGAACGGCACAGAACAAAAUCAGAGGAGCCACACCCUGAAGAUUGAAGUUGCUACACUCAAGCACUCAGGCAUUUAUCAAUGUGAACGCGGCACGCUAAAGAGUGACGACUAUCCCAUCACCGUCCAGGAUUACGUUCCCAAGGCCUCGCUCACCAUCAGGACCGGCCAGCCUGUGGUGCGGAAGGGAGGCUCAGUCAUCCUGCAGCUGGACCAUGAGGACGGUGUAAAGGGAUGGAAGUGCUGGGUCAACACAGGAGAACAGACACAGAAGGUUCCAAUGAGACGGAGCCUUGAGAAGGCAGUGAGGGUGGUCUUUCAAACCCACAGACUGGAAGCUCCAGAGAGCGUUUUCUGGUGUACUGGUACUCAACAACUCAGGAGCAACCAAAUCCUGGUCAGAACCUCAGUUUCAGAGCAGUACGUGGCGUUGGAGAUGUACCCUCUGCCCGCUGUGGUUGGGGAGAGUCUGACCCUAAAGUGCCUCGUCUGGGGCGCCGAGAGAAUCAUCCGCGCUGUUUUCUACAAAGACACUAAGAGCAUUCAGGAAAGCCAGCAGUUCACCUACCACAUCGAUAAUGUGACAGACUCUACUGGUGGAAGAUAUAAGUGCGAGGCCACCUACACAUACAAGCAACACAGCGCCGGGCCGCCGUACCAAGUGUUCUCUGAUGAACAAAAUGUGUUUGUCCAAGUGUCUCCCAUGAGGGCGGUUCUGGUCUCUGCAGGCUCCAGCAUGUCGUGUUCUUGUCUGCGUUGUCGUGCUAAUGGCACCUAUCACUGGUACAUCUAUCAUGGCGAGGGAUGGCUGCUUAUGAGUUCCAGGCAACGGGUCAUGACGCCGGAAAAGAGUGGCACCUACGCAUGUCGUAUGGUUUGGACCGAGGGGAGGUCUGCGCUCAGCAACGUCCACAUCUAUCAAUCCAAAUCCAUUCCAAUGUCAAUUGUUGUGAUCUUGGUUCUAUUAGUGGUUGUGGGUCUGGGUGUGUGUUUUUGUUUCAUAAUUAAAAGGAGAAAUACCACUGAUCAAGUUUACGAGGACGUGCCGCUGAGAUCUCGAGACACCGCUGACGGCGGAUACGAUGUGCUGAAGAAACGUCCCCAAGGUGAAGGCGAGUACGACACCCUGCAGCCAGGAGCGUCGGGCGAACAGCCGAAAGAAGGCGAGUACCAGGCCCUGAAGAAAGGAGAAGCUACCGAGUACGACACCCUGCAGCCAGGAGCAUCGGGGGAACAGGCGAAAGAAGGCGAGUACCAGGCCCUGAAGAAAGGAGAAGCUACCGAGUACGACACCCUGCAGCCAAAAGCGCCGGGGGAACAGGCGAAAGAAGGCGAGUACCAGGCCCUGAAGAAAGGAGAAGCUAGCGAGUACGACACCCUGCAGCCAGGAGCAUCGGGGGAACAGGCGAAAGGAGGCGAGUACGAGGCCCUGAAGAAAGGAGAAGCUACCGAGGGGGUCUACCACACCCUGGGGAUGGGGGGGGCAGAGGGAGGGGAGUGAGCGUAGGAGGCCGAAUGACAAGGAUUUAGAAUAGGAGAUUGGGGGGACAGAAGAGGAACAAAAGACAGAGAGAUACAGACACCUGAGAAGGACAGAUGGGUCUUUUUUAUUAGAAAAAGUCAAAUUUUUCCACAAAUUAGAUUUCAUCAGAAGUUAACUUUGUGUAGAUGUACGACAGAAACCAGGGGUCAUGAUCCAGAAUUGUGAAAUGAAAGCUGUGUUUUACUGUCAGUGAAGAAAAAAGACGGAAAAUAUCAAAAUUAUAUCCUCUUUAUGAAUAUAUGUUGCAUAGCACAGCAGGAAGCCGUUGAUGCAUUUGCUUUUUAUUACUGUAUUUAUCAUGUUAAUUAUUCUGUCAAAUGUAAAUAGCCAUUAAAAGUGAACAGAAGAGGGUAUUUUGAUUUAUCUACAGAAAAUACCAGAUAUUAUGUCAGGUCUGAUCCUGUCGACCACUUUCUUCAGCAUCAAAAAAUGUUUUGAAGAAAAGUCUGAAUAUAUUUGGUAAAAAAUGUCUUAAAGAAUUUUGUCUAAAUUUUUUUGGAAAUUGGAUAUUCAUGGAAAUUGGCUCACGUAUGGUAUUCUGAGAGGCCUUCCCUUUUUUUUUUAAACGCAUGUCAUUUCUCAGAAAAGUCUCACUUAGAGACCAACCGGCAAGCAGAUGGUCGAUCUUGGUUGCGCAAUAUAACCGACUUUAGCCGAUCGCGAUCUCGCAUUUCUCGCUGAAUGUCGACUCCUUGUACAACACAGCAGUCUGACUCUGACCAAUCAAAAUGAUUGAGGCUCGUUGCUGCUGAACACUGCUCUCAGCAACAGAAACUGCAUCGUGUUUGUAAUCCCACAACGGCCGUAAGAUUUUUACUUUUGAAGGCUUUUUCUUUUCUUUUUUUGCUGAAUAAAACACAUAUAAUAGCAAUAUAUCAUUUCAUUGUACCGCCAAGGAGAAGUUUACUUUUGUUUCUGAAAAUUUAUUUUCUUUACCGAUGAUUUCUGUGACAUUGCAAAUAACAAAAAAAAAUUCAUAGACUGUGCUUUUGCAUUCUAACAUAAAAUGUUUGUAUAUCAUUGUGUGUGUCGAGCAGAUUAAAAUUCAGUAUUUUGAGA